UGCUUUUAAAAUUAUUUAAGGCGGGAAACUAACUUUGUUAUUAUUUUGUAUUUAUUUAUUAAAAAACACUUUUCCUUUAUCAAAAUGAGUGAUUUCCCCGAUCCAGAUGAAGAAUUCGAGCUUAUGUACGGUGACGAAUUGGAAUUGUUAAGAGAACAAGACCAAAAUGAUGAUGAAGUUAUUUCGCCGGCUCCUAAGGCAAGACGGAGCUUGAAUUUUGGUACCCCAACAACAAUACAACUUGAUAAUUCAAUAGCUGAAAAUCUUCCCAAUUCUCUGGAUUCUUCACUAAUUUCUCAAAGCCAAGAAAUACAAUCUACACUAGAUCGGUUGCCAUCUAAAAAACGCACUAUAGAUGAUCUAUUUGGCGAUAUAAAUGAUAUAACUCAAGAAGAAUACAAUAUAGAUGAAAUUCUACAACCAAAAAAAGCUAAACGAGAUAACAAACAUCAGCAAGAUUUAGAUUUAAUAGAUCUUAUCAUACAGAAGCGCCAAGAAUAUAAAAUCAAUAACAAUAUAACUGCAACAGUUUCAAUAAGCCAUUCUAAUAAUCUAUUGAAUCAUGAACGAGACAAACACAACUUAUCAUAUUCACUACCUAAAUACCCUUUUAUUAAAAUCAAAUGCUUUGAUGGGGAAUUUGUGUAUGUCCGGUGUCAUUCAGAACAAUUUGAAAAAGAAGAAACCAAAAGGAUUUUACAUGAAAAUACCUUCAAAGGCAUUUUAGGGGGUAGUUUUAGAAAGAUUUGGAAUGAAGCACAAGAUUUGCUUGUAAAAGAAUUCAUAAAAGUCGACCAAUCAUCAGAAGAACUCAACAUAAUUUCAAGCAACAACCAAGAAAAGCAACUCUGGGUAGAUUUGUACAAACCCAGGAAAUAUUUGGAGCUUUUAAGUGAUGAAAGCACCAAUCGUGUAAUGCUGAGAUGGAUGAAACUGUGGGACAAAGUGGUUUUUAAUAGGAACCCAAAAAUAAAAAUCACUCCUGCUGGGCAAGAUGACAAAUACAAAUUUGUUAGGUUUAACGAGUUGAAUACUACUUUGGAUAAGGAUGGCAGGCCUGCUCAUAAGGUGGUUUUGUUGUGCGGACCACCAGGAUUAGGUAAAACCACUCUGGCUCAUAUGGUGGCCAGACACGCAGGCUACAACGUAGUAGAAAUAAACGCCUCAGACGAUCGCAGUACCGAGGCAUUCCGCACCUCCCUAGAAAACGCCACUCAAAUGCGCUCAGUGAUAGACCAGCAAAAACGCCCCAACUGCAUCGUUUUUGAUGAAAUCGAUGGAGCCCCAAAAACAUCCAUAGAAUUUUUAGUAAAAUUCAUUUCUGGCAAUGUAGUAGUCAAAGCCAAAAAGGGCACAAAACCCCAAACAAUCCUCAAGAGACCAAUCAUAUGCAUUUGCAAUGACGCUUAUGGUCCCGCCUUGAGACCUCUAAGACAAAUAGCAUUUGUCAUAAACUUCCCUCAAACAUCCAGCUCAAGAUUAGCAGAACGACUAAUGGAAAUUGCAAGGCGUCAACAAAUCAAAACCGAUACAAGCACCAUGAUGUUAUUAUCAGAAAAAUCCAACAACGACAUAAGAUCCUGCUUAUCAGUAUUACAUUUUUUCAAAGCCCAAAACAAACCCAUAGGACUAAUUGACAUUUAUAAAACAAACGUGGGCCAAAAGGACAUGCAAAAAGGCCUCUUUAGUGUUUGGAAUGAAAUAUUUCAGCUGCAACGCACCAAAAAACCGCAAGGCGGUACCCAAGCAGCCACCAUGAAAGAUCGCAUGCAAAACAUCCUAAACACAAUGAGCUCGUUUGGGGAUCACGAAAAAGUAGCUCAAGGGGUUUACGAAAACUUUGGCCAGCCAGAUUCCAAAAUUAAGCAGGAUUUAGUAGGCACCUGUUGCGCAUUGGACUGGUUUUGCUUCAACGACUUGGUGCAAAAGCAAAUUUACACUGUACAAAACUACUCAUUGACUGGGUAUUUGAAUUUCGCUUUUGCAAUUUGGCAUUUUGCCUUUGCGCAACCUCAGAAAGUACAAUUGAAGUAUCCUUCCGCCAGCUAUGAGUUCCGUACAAAACAAACUCAUCAAAAAGGCAUUGUAGCUGAAGUACUGCGCGGGAUGCCUCCCUAUAUACGAUGCUAUAACGCAGCUUUGCCUCUAGUACUGGACGUACUGCCUUUAGUUUUAAGGAUAAUCUCGCCAGCUUUGAGGCCUGUAAAUUUGCACUUGUACACUCAGGAAGAACGCGCAAAUUUACUGGAAGCUGCCAGCAUUAUGGCCGAUUACAAUUUGAAUUAUAUACAGGAGAGGAGGACUGAUGGGGUUUAUGAAUUUAAUUUGGGUAAGAGAGUUUUUUGA